CUUUAGUUUCCAGGAUAAGCCACGUUUAAGUCAUCCAAGCAAAGCCGAUCCAAGCCGUACAGUACAACUGUUUGUAUUCGUGAAUCGUGUUUGGUCGGUAUGGUUUUUUGAGCUUGUGACACUGGCAAAAGUUGUUCAACUUAUUUUAUCAUAUCUUAAUCACGAAGAUACAUUGGACACAACCCGUAACAAACCAGUUCCUGUUACUUCGAAAACCACGGGAACAGUAUGUCCGCUGGUCCCUGGUGGUGCCUCAAAACUCCGUCACGAAUCGUCUGCUCCCGUCCAAAAAUGAGCUGUCCAACAUUUUAUGUCCUUCGCGUUCGCUGGUGACUGUACUUGCAUACCUUAGUGACUGUAGUGACACCAGCGAUGCAGGGAGCCUUCCUUCCAGACUUGAGGCAGCGGCUGUCUCCGUACUUCUCGAAGGACGAGAGUGCCACGGGCCUAUUCCAGCCUUUCGGCAAGCCCACGCUGGGACCCGUGGCCUGCUUCGUCAACGAACUACGACCCGUCCUGAGGGAGUCCAAGGCAAAGCACAUCCUCUGGUUCGUGGUGGGGAAUGCCUUGUGCAGCGUAGUGCUUUUUUACUGGAGCCGUACCUCGAACAGCCUGGCACUGGCAGCCCUCGCACAACUCACUCUCUUUGACCUACUCUGCCUCGGCAACUGCCUCCUGGGUCUUUGGGUGUCGCAGCACAGGGCAGCACCGAGCUUCAGCUUCGGGUGCCGGAGGUGGGAGGUGUUGUCCUUGUUUGCCAUCACCAUGCUGGCUCAGUUAGGGGCCUUUCUGCUGCUCAAAGAGAGCCUGAUGCGUCUGGUGCAGCAACCUGUAGUUCACACGGGCCUUGUGCUGCCCGGCCUGCUGGUUGCCCUGUGCUGCCACCUCGCGGUGCAGCUGGGAGUUGAGCACCCCUCGCUGGGGCGCGUGCUGACCGCCUGCAGCUCCAGCUGGCUGCAGGAGCACAUGGCAGACCUGAGCCACGGGGUGUGCCGCCUGGUGCCCGGCCUGUCGUCGCUGCUGCUGCCUCGGCUCAACCCCUUGCUGCUGCUGGGCUGGGCCGGGGCGCUCGUCGUGCUCGUCGCACACUCCCUCGUCGGGGCCUAUGGGUGGCAACGUGCGGACACAGUGGGAGCUGCCAUGCUGGCUGCCAUGGCCUGUGCCACCAUGCUCCCAAUGGGCAUGCACUGUGCCUUCAUCUUACUUCAGACAACGCCAGGGCCUCUGCUGGGCCAGCUGGACAAGUGCCUUCGCGAGGCCUCCACCCUGGAUGGAGUCCUGGAGUUCAGGCACGAGCAGUUCUGGAGUCUUUCGCUCGGAAGCCUGGCUGGUUCGGUGCACGUGCGAGUACGCAGAGAUGCAGACGAACAGCUCGUCCUGGCACACAUUGUUGACCGACUAUCGGGUCUAGUUCCCGAACUUACAGUUCAGGUGUUCAAGGAUGAGUGGGCAUGGAGCAGUAGUCCCUUCUCCGCAUCGCAGACAGGCGAUCGGACGCCAGAUAGGCCCGGAGCUUCUGUUACAGCACCCUUACCGGGCAGUACAAUAAACCUCUGAAUUCUUUUUUCGA